AUGAUGUCAAGAAAAAGAAAAUUUUCUGAAAAUAAUACUGAUGAACAAAAUAGUAAACAAAGACAACGAAUGACUAAUUAUCAUCAGAAUAAUAUUUUUCAAACAACACAACAAAAAUUAUAUGAUGGUUCAAAAAAUUUCUUUCGAAAAUUAAAAGAUUCUGUAAAAAACGAUGAGAUAAAAUCGUUUCAAAUGAAUUCAUGUUGUUCAUCAAUGCAUUGUACAAUACCAAUGGUAACAAUUUGUGAUUAUUGUGAAAAACAAUAUUGUUCAAAUCAUCUCACGCUAUGUUCGCAAUGUAAUAAGACAUAUUGUCUCUAUUGUUCAACAAAUAUAAACAAUGAAAUAUCCAUCUGCUUAACAUGUGUACAAAAUGAAUAA